CCCAGCUGUUGCUAAAUGAAUUACACACAAAAUGUCUCCUAGAAAAUGUUAGAAUACGUUUUUUUUGCAGUUAAAGUGCACUCAAAAUGCUAGUUUUGAAAUAUGCUGCAUUCAUUUCGGCUACGAAUAAAAUGAUGGCAGUUUUUGGGUGAUAAGGCUGAUUUUUGACAGGUAAAUCUGGCAACACAACUGCAUGGAGAAACAUUUUCGUGACCAGAACCAGUUGGUUGCAUGAAAUUCUGUUUGUCUAAAAAACGACAAAGAAAUAGUUUGACAUGUGACAGUCGUAUGAAAACUUUGAUACCACUCUCUAAAGCAGAAGUACAAGAAAAAAAGGGGAGAAAUUCUCAGCAUGGUUCUUUAUAAGGGUACCAAAAUAGGCCACAUACCCUCCUGUAAAACCUUCAUUGCACCUCGUUUAUAGAUUUUGUUACAUUUCACCCCCCUCUUGUCUCAGACAAAACUAAACGAACCAAAGUUGUUAUGGAUGAAACCUACAAAAACUGCACAAACAAACAGAAAAUGGGGUUCUGUGGUCUAAAAGAGGAUAGUGUGUGGUUCAAUACCACUAUCGCCAACUAAAUCUACCGAGGUGGUAGACCAAACAACAACUAAAACCCCUUUAAAGAUAAACAUUCCCCAAAACAAAAGCAAGGAAGUGCUGGGUUCUGUGCACCGACAUGACAACGAGGCUUCCAGAAAAAGGCCGACUGAUGGCGUCAAGCCUUCCAGGUCACCUACCCACAAUCAACUGAGCAGUUGGGAGAUCCCUCCUUAUAUCCCCGCCCAGCUGAUUGGCAACGGCCGAGCUCAAUCUCACAGGUGCAGCAGAUUGAGCCUGAUCUGAAAGCCAGGCUGUGAACUUUCCAAGUCCGUAACAAUUUACAAAACUGAUAUGAUGUACUAGCUUACGAGUUGCAGGUGUCUCACAAAAAACUAAAGAAACCAACAGCAGAACAAAAACUUCCCUUGAAGCAAAGGAAUGAUAGAUGUGUGUUAUAUUUUCCAUUUCACCACCCAUUCUCUGUAUUAAUGUACUUUAGAUGACUACAGCUUAGGAUUGUGCACCAGGAAUGUUGACAGUGUGCAUCCUCUGUACCCUACGUCGCACACCCAUGCUCGAGGAGAUGAAAUCAGCUGAAAUACUGAAACUAAAGUGGCCUCAGCAGAACUCUGUUCCGGUUUGACUUUACGGGACCACGUGCUAGUUGCAGAAAAGUUCUUGGCCUGUAUAAAGUUCACAUGCAGCACCAUCAUCCUCAUGGUUUCUGUGAUCUGUCUGAUAUGGAUCAUGCAUUUGAGGAAGAGGAGGAUACUAGGCGUUCCUCGACCUCUAUGCACUGAAUGUGAACUUUUUAAGCCACUGCUCCUUUGUAUAAGAGUAACAACAGGAAAAGAGAGAAAAAAAUUCGUGCUCCAUGUAGGUUUAUUUGAGCGCUUUCAGGACUUUAACUUGCUGUAUUUCCGUCUUCGCAUGUGUUGAGACAGGCUUGGUAACCUGACACAACAGUUAGUUAGACUAUUCAUGCUGAAAUCCCCCUCAUUCAUCUGUAUAAGGAAGCUUGGGUUUAUGUCAAGGUAUCUGCUCUAUUUUCACACGGUGACAAUUCAUACAUCGCACAGACAUGAGUCACGACUGUUAGCGUGACCUUCCUCAAAACAAACACUCACUGAGCGCUAUAGAUUCACAGUUUAUCUGACAACAGUGGCCUCAGGCUGGAUUAGGCUGCAAAGUAUGUGAAUUAUUUAAAGCCAAACUGAUACGUAAUCAUGAUUUUAAUCACAUUUUGACUGUACAUUGCACUCUUUUUGUCCACUUUAAAACAGCAUAGGUGCCUUUAAAUUCCCAGACAAGCUGAACUGAAUAAAAAAAAAGCUUACGUAAAAGAUUAUGAAAAAAAUUCCUCUACUUAUAUUUUUAAUUUAUUUGUCAGGGUCUGUGCAACAAAACACUAAUUUCAUAGGAGAUUCACUGUAUCAGAUUUAGCUGCUAAUUUCCCCCCGCAGUCCCUGCAGGCAGAGUAGUAAAUAUAGAAUGCAAAUAAAUACCCAAGGCACCAAAAACAAUCAAGAUGAUACCAUCAAAUAUACAUACACAACCACACAACAUGAAGCACACACAUACAGUCCCCUAUUCAAUCUCCAGACUAUAUUAAAGUGUGCUGCUCACACACUAGCAGAGUGAGAUGCAUUUCUGCUUUUCAUUUUGAUUGGAAAUACAAACAAUUCCCGCCACAUAAUCCCACAUAGUAAAUACUUGCACUGUAUUUGACCUGAAAUGAUCAUGAUCGAGGGAAAUCGGAUGAAUAAAAACGCUAAACUGAAAUGACACCGACUUCUCAGUGGAGGACGGAGAGAGAGGAGAGCCACCAUCUGAUAUGACACCCAGUCAGAUAUCAUAUGAGACAUGAGCACAUACAGCUUGACAGUGCGGACAGCUGGAAAAGGAAAGCUGCCCAACCUGAGUAGCUCCUGUGCUUCUGAGUAAAAAUCUCGGUCUGAAUAACCGCUGACACUAGCAAACAGAAAGUGUGUUGUGUAUGAUAGAAAAUGUGACUUUGUGCACUUUUUCAGUAAAAGCAAUGGCCAAAAUGAUGUGUUAUUAUAGUCUUUCUACUGUGAUUUUUCAGAGCAGGCAUUUUCUGUGCCAGAGCAGAAAAACUACAGGUGUAAAUCAUCAUUUAUUUUACAAUUUACACACAUGCUCUUCCUUCUGCGUGUCUGUCCCCUUAGUUCUGGCUGUUUUUGAUAACUGAAUAUAUUAUAAAACUACAGCUGUACACAGUUGCGGAGACACAAUAUUAAAUGUGUGAUCUAUUGUUGAACAGCCAGCUUUAACUGUAUUCGUCACUUCCUCAGAUUAUAUGUACAGUGAAGUUCAUUAGACUGUACUACAGGACUAGUGCGCAGUAAAUAAUAGAUCACAUACAAUUAAUAAAUAGGGCAACAGAAAAGAUUAAUUUGAAAACAUAAAAAAUAAAUAAAACUAAUUCAUAAAACAACAACCACAAUGUUGUGCAAUUUUAGGUAAUAAAAGAGCAACAACAUUUUCAAAGUGUAAUCUAGCGCAACAUUCAAAGAUCAAAAAUUGUGUUACAUAAUAAGAAAUGAAUAGCCCCGCAGUCUAGCCUUCUUUAGAAAUCAAACAGCCAAUCUUUUAUUUAUUAAUCUAAACACAAAAGUGUCGUUUCAUUUGGAAUGAAAGGGCGUUGCAUUUAAUAUCCUCAGAGAUGAUGAUGAGAUGAUGAAACUGUUGUGCAAAUGAUUUAUUUAAAGUAAUGUGGUGUCUUGUCCCGUCUCUUAUCAAUGCUAUCUGAUGUCCUUGCUGUCUGUCUGAUGUCUAUCUGUGCAGGCUGAACAGGUUGCGUAGAAGAAAACAUUGUGUGACUGUCAUGUUUUCAACACGUGACCGCUGCAUACCUGUUUGGCACUGAGUGUGUGGGUACAGGUGUGUGUGUGUGUGUGUGUGUGUGUGUCAAAAGGUCAUGGUAGGUAGUGGCAUGACAACAGUUGCCAGCGAGGAGCAGAAGCUACGCAGGACAUGUGGCCUUUUACACCUGAGUUCACUGAUUGGUUUAGUUGGGGUGAAAAUUCCCACCUCUCGCAGCUGAUUGGCUGAUAACACAAAGCCAGUUGUCAAAGUGGGUUGACUUUUACCUGCUGCUUGUCCAUGCAGAGUUACAUCAGGAAAGGAGACCAAAAGAAUCGCAACUUAAGAGAUCAAGAUAUAGUCUUGUACUGUAAUUAUGUGUACAAGUGUGUGAGUGCGUCUCAGAGGAGGAAGUGUUUCUUUUUCAUCAUGGGUCUGAAAAACAGGAGAUUCUCCCUGGACAGCGCUGUAAGUCUGGAUGGAGGACUCGGUGUAAGACGAGGCAGCAGGUUUCCUAGUAAGAAAUCCAAGCAGAGUCAGUCUCUGGAUGACGCCCAGCAGGAGAUCCAGGAGCUCCAUCAGAACCUCAACUCCAGCAUGUCCCUCAGUCUUUGUGUCCUCAGGGAGCAGACCAUAACGGAGGAGAAUCCUGAGCGAUCAGAUGGGUCCAUCACCAGACAUAGCUUCUCAAAGCGCAACAUAAGCUUCCACAAACUGUUUCCGGAGAUUCCCGAGGAGGAGAACCUGACACACACGUUCACCUGUGCCUUGCAGAAAGAGGUGCUUUAUCAUGGAAAACUCUUUGUUUCCGAGAACCACGUGUGCUUUCACUCCUCCGUGCUGCUCAAAGACACCAAGGUGGUGAUUCCUCUUUCCAGCGUGAGGGAGGUGAAGAAACAUAACUCGGCGCUGUCGGUGCUGUCUAUUCACUCCGCUGAUGGAGAGAAGUAUUCGUUUGUGUCUCUGAGGAACCGUGAGAUGUGUUGCAAACUCCUCCACAGCAUCUGUUUACUCGCGCAGGAGGAGAGCGCAAACAGCAGCCCUCACCUCUCCUCUGCAGACAACGAAGCUGAUCAAGAAGUGGCGUCCAGUUUUUCCAGCCUGGAGGACUGCGGAGAUCACGAUUUCAGCAGCAUCGAUAAUGACAGCAGCUUUCCUCAAAUGUCCAGUGAAGGUCCGUCGAGAAGCAAUUCCACUCGCCACAGCAGCUUAAUAGAUGAAGAUUACAAAGAUGUAUCGUGGAUUUGGGGGGUAACUGACAGAGUCACGCCGUUUUUCUUCCUCAAACAAAGCAGGGAUCUCAGCUUUUACUUCUGCGUCUUCAUCCUGCUACUUGUGUUGCUCCUGUUGGCGUCUGGGUACAUCGGGCUAAGGAUCAUAGCCCUGGAGGAGCAGCUGAACUCUUUGGGAGCCCUGAACGAUUUGUCUUCUUACCACAGAGAGUACCAAGAGAAUUAACCAGAGACUCUACACCUCUGUUAAGAUCCUUCUGUGCGCUGAUCCAUAGCUAGACACUCUCCAUCCAAACACCAAGUCUCUGUCUGUCCCACAUACAUGUUCCAGAGAAAGGUUUUGACCAAACAAAUUUCCAAUAUUGCACACAGCAAGUCCCCUCACAGUACAAAAUGAAACCUCUGUGUCAGCACGAUGUUCUACAGAGAAUGCAGGUCAGCAUGAAGAUGCUUUUGGGAUGUCAGAACCAGGCCACACGUGGUGAACUACAUGGAUGAGCGAUUGUGUUGGCAGAGACUCAUCAGGACAGUGUUUUCUGUUCGGAGCACGUUGAUUCUCUGCUGACUGAUCAAAAAGUGAAGGGAGGCUCUCCUGCACAGAGCCAUAUGGAGGCAGCCUGCUGAAGCCAUGUUUUAUUUCCUGGCCGGUGAACAGCUGAGCUCAGCUAGCAGAAGUUGCUGGCGUCUUGGCUGUCAUUUUCUUGGACCAACACGGUCUGCAACAGUGAGGACAUGCUGGAGUCGAUCUUAAUGGGAUUAUAAAAGAAGCACUUUGUCUUUGAUUUUAAACUAUUUUUAUAUACUUAAUUUAAGGGUUUACAUUGUGUAAGGUGACUGCUGGAAUGUGGGUGCAUCGCUUCAGAAAAAGACUGUUAAUGACAAUAAUCAGCCAGCAGAGGGCAGUCACUCCCAUUAAACUCAAGGCAGGGUUUGGUUCAACUGCUCUAAACUGUACAUGCACAACGAAUUCAGGGGCUGAGAUUGCUUUAGCAUAAAAAUGUUAUGUAAAUGUUACUGCUACUGACCUUUUGCCCUAAAAAUAAAUAUUUGGGAAUGCAUUACAUUCAGGGUUUGAGCAUAUUUUUGGCCAACAUUUUGCAUUAAACCAAUUUUUAUGAUCAAACUUGGAACAUUUUGUUUAAAUGAAUGUUGUGAUGUGCCAGUAUUGAUGGUAAAUGUGAUAUCAUUGUAAAUAAUCCAGCACCGGUAACGCUGCCACUGCAUCACAGGAACGUAUAAUACAGUUAGACUCUCUUCACCUCCUAACGCUGGUAUUUUCAGUACAAUUCAGUUAACAUAAAAAACACAAUAAACAAAGUUAACAAUAAA